UUCAGAUCAGUGCUGACAGGGUACCGGAUGGGGGAGCGCGGUUCGCGGCAGUACGACGUUAUCGUGGCACUGACUGUAGCCUAUAAAUACCAGGAGGCGCGCAGCCUACCUACCAACACGGGCAUUGAUCUAAACACGGGUUGAACUGCGAGGAAAGGCACUUACAUUAGGAAACUCUACUACUGGGAUAAACGCCUCAAGUGAAACGGAAUAUAAACCGCUCGAAUUCUAGUCGAGUGUCGCUCGCCCGUGCGACGCACAGCACCAAUAAUACUAUGAUGAUCAAGGUUUACAUCGCCUCCUCCUCGGGAUCUGUGGCGGUGAAGAAGCGCCAGCAAGCUGUGGUAGGGUUCUUGGAGGCCAACCGGAUCUCCUUCCAGGAGGUGGACAUCACCAAUGUGGAGGACAGAAGACUGUGGAUGUACCAACACAUCCCCCCGGAGAAACACCCAGACAAGGGCAACCCGCUGCCCCCACAGAUCUUCAACGGAGACUGCUACUGUGGGGACUAUGAGGACUUCUUCCAGUCCAAGGAGAACAACACUGUGUUUACAUUCCUAGGCCUCAGCUCACCGCCCUCAGUAAAGGAUUCCGAGUCGUAGGAGGUAGCAUGGGGAGUCAGAGGUCGCGGAGCACAUCACUUCCUGUAUUACAUCACUUCACCUCUCCCGGAGAUCUCACCAUAAUGACACCACCAUGUUGCCAAACACCCCAACACUCUGACCUCUCUGACCCCCCCACCCCACCCCGAAAAAACACCUCACCCUCUUCCCCCACCUACAGCCAUCUAACCUGACACAGGAGGAGGGGAGGGGCUUCAGACCAAGUGGAGGAAAAUCAGACGAAUAGAAGGAACUUCAGACCAUGGGAGGCGGGGCUUCACCCUAAAACAAUGGACAAUGAUUUCUUGAUUUAUUAUUUUUUUUACGUUGUUGUACAACUACUGGUACUCAUGACGAUCUAGUCAGUGGUUUCUGUUUGUGUUAGCGGUAACGAAUUAGAUUGAGUUUUCUUUACUGCUAUGUAUUCUUUGAACGAUUGUUCAAAACACUGUGUAGCCGCUCUUCUAUCAACAGCAGAAUGUAGCUCUCCUGUCAGUAGCCAGGUUGUCCUGCUCUUCUAUCAACAGCAGAAUGUAGCUCUCCUGUCAGUGUAGCCAGGUUGUCCCGCUCUUCUAUCAACAGCAGAAUGUAGCUCUUCUGUCAGUAGCCAGGUUGUCCUGCUCUUCUAUCAACAGCAGAAUGUAGCUCUUCUGUCAGUAGCCAGGUUGUCCUGCUCUUCUAUCAACAGCAGAAUGUAGCUCUCCUGUCAGUGUGUAGCCAGGUUCUGUAUGCAGACAGACGGAUAAAGCUGACCUGAGGUCGAAUCUGGUAACACUGUUCUUUAAAGUUGGACUUCCGGUUAAAAUCAAAGGGAGAUGGAGUCCGCUAGAGCUAUAUUAGAUGGGACUUUGAACAUUUUCCAUACAACGUUUAUUUAGAUUUGCGGAUUUUUAUCAACAUUGACCAUAUUAUUUUCGUGAAAUCUCAUGUUGAUUCUGAGUUCCUUGCAUAUUUAAAGUUUUAUAUGUGAGAACUAUUUCUUUAAAAGUAUUUUCAGAACUCACUUCCUGCGUUGAAAUCACUUGCUCUGCUCACGUAUUGGCUUCCCCAAUGUAAGGGGAGGUUUUAAUAGUUACGGUAGGUGGUGAGAGGACUAAGAGAUCGGACAAUUAAAACCAGCGGCUGUUUUCGCCGAUCCUGCCAUAGGCCUAUAUCGAGAGAAUCAAAACCGCAAUGCAUCAUUGGUAAAUUGUGACUGACUGAUCUACAAAUAAUAAUUCUAUAAUGAAUAUUUAUUUAUGGUGAUUUGUAGAUCAGGCAGUCGGCAGUCGCCUACAGUGUAGGCUUCAAUGUCCAACAGUCCAUAGACUCUCAUUCAAGUCCCGCUCUGAAUCGCUGUGAAAGCAGAUGUCUUGACAUACGAAGGGCCGACUUGUGGGAUUGUAAUGAGACCAAUGAAGGCUGUGUUAAGUAAUGGAAGAGGAGACCAACUGGGAACUGGUGCGUUUUAAAUGACUCCUUCCUCUCUCUUUCUCUCCCCUCUUCCCCCUCCCUUCUCCCCCCCCCCCCCCCUGUCUCCCCUCGCCCACUCUUUUAUUAAAUGAUCAUGGAUGGGUGAAUCAUUGUUAUGUUUACACAUGACAGGCUUACACUCUGCCCACACACACACACACACACAUGUUCCCCCACUGACUCAGAGACCCAUUCCUAGUGAAUGUAGGUUCCAUCUUGUGUUUUGAUCCGCCACUGUUAACCUGACUAAAACAACAUUCCUUUUGAUACAUGCCAUUUAUAUGUACUCUUUAUAGUAGUUAAAUAUAUAUAUAUAUAUAGUAGAAUCAACACCUGUUUUUAGUAUGAGAACUCUGUCUGUACCGCCCGUCUGUGACAAUCACUAUGGCCUGGUUUCCCGGACCCAGAUUAAGGCAAUAGACCUGAGAUUCUCCAUUUACAUAUUUUUUUAAAAAUUUUAUCCAGGAACUAGGCUUAAUCUGGAUCUGGGAAUCCGUCCCUAUAAAUUAUGUUAGUUGUCUGUGUGUUGUGUUUGGCUUUGGCCGUGUUCAAGAGCAUCACAACCGCAAUGUAUCAUGGGUAAAUUGUGACUGACGAACAUGCCCUUUUGACCUGGCUAACUAAAACUGUCAUUGAUGAUUCUACACUAGUGUUUUCCCAACUCCGGGUCCUCCAGUACCCCCCCCCCCCCCCCCCCCCCAACAGUACACAUUUUUAUUGUAGUCCCGAAACGAGCACACCUGAUUUCCACCUGUCAACUAAUCAUCAGGUCUUCAACGAGUUGAAUUAGGAGUGUUUGGCCAGCGCUGCAACAGAGAUGUGUGUUGUUGGGGGGGGUACUGGAGGACCCGGAGUUGGGAACCAAUGCUCUACACGAUGUUCAGAAAACAAAAUCAACCUUUUUGUUACAAUGACAUUGUUGUAUGUUGAUAGACCAUCUGUAGAUGCUCCCCCCAGACUCCACAAAUAAAAUAUUACUGUAGAUCCCUCAAACUCAA